GGGAAAAAUACAACAUGGCGUCCUCCAUGCUUUGAAACAUUGUUUUGCUUUUUUGAAAUUCCGUGAACGCAAUUUGCUGGUAUAUUGUGUUAAUUGAAGUUAUAACCAGUCACGUGAAGUAUCUCAUCUAUAUAUUGAGUACAGUACAUUCCUACCAUGGAGGAAGUACAGAAACACUCUGUGCAUACACUCGUGUUCCGAUCGCUGAAGAGAUCGCAUGAUAUGUUUGUAUCUGACAACGUUGAUCCGCCACCAGCAUACGAAGAAGCAGAGAAGUUGAAAAUGGCUUGUAAGGCACGUGACGAGUAUGGACCUGUAAUGCAUUUACCAAUACCCAAAGAAGUAAAUAAAAUAACACAUGCCAGAACCCAUGCACCAAUCAGAGAACAUCCAGGAGAAGAAAUGUCUGCACGUGUAGCUCCUGGCCACCCGUAUGCCCCGACAAUAGAAACAGGAAUACAAGAAGUUAUGGGGUCAUUGCCAGCAUCCCAAGCUCAGAUUGCUAGAGAAAGAACAGCAGCCAGUGUAGAAGAAAUUCGACAACAGGCAGAAAGAUUGGCACAGGGAUCAAGGGCACUCGUAGCUGUCUCAGGUCCUAAGACAUCAAAUGCAUUAGUACCACUGAAAGCACCUACAUUACCAAAACCACAAUGGCAUCCGCCAUGGAAACUGUACCGUGUCAUAAGUGGACACAUCGGAUGGGUACGUUGUGUCGCCGUGGAGCCUGGCAAUGAAUGGUUCUGCACUGGGUCAGCUGACAGAACUAUUAAGAUAUGGGACUUGGCAAGUGGUAAAUUGAAGUUAUCCCUAACAGGACAUGUUAGUACAGUUCGAGGACUCGCUGUCAGUAAAAGGCAGCCAUAUUUAUUCUCAGGUGGUGAAGAUAAACAGGUGAAAUGUUGGGACUUGGAACAAAAUAAGGUUAUUCGACAUUAUCACGGACAUCUCAGUGCUGUUUAUGGCUUGGAUAUCCAUCCUACGAUAGAUGUCCUAGUGACGUGCUCACGUGAUGCAUCAGUACGUGUCUGGGAUAUGAGGACAAAAGCAUGUGUACACACCUUGACAGGACACACUAAUACAGUCGCUGAUGUCAAAUGUCAGGCUUCUGAACCACAGAUUAUUAGUGGCAGUCAUGAUUGUACAGUAAGACUGUGGGACUUAGCUGCUGGUAAAACAAGAUGUACUUUAACCAAUCAUAAGAAAAGUAUCCGGUCGUUAGUGAUACAUCCAAAAUUGUACAUGUUUGCUUCAGCCUCCCCUGAUAACAUCAAACAGUGGAAGUGUCCUGAUGGAAGUUUUCUUCAGAAUCUCUCUGGUCACAAUUCUAUUGUUAAUUGUUUAUCUAUGAAUACUGAUGGUGUGAUGGUCUCUGGAGGUGACAAUGGUAGCAUGUAUUUCUGGGACUGGAAGACUGGAUACAACUUCCAAAGAAUCCAGACAGCAACCCAGCCUGGAUCCCUGGACAGUGAAGCCGGUAUAUUUGCAUCUACGUUUGAUCACAGUAGCAGUCGACUGAUCACAGUGGAAGCUGACAAAACUAUCAAGAUAUAUAAAGAAGACGACAACGCU